AGCACAGCAGUCACCUUAUGAAAUCAAAGUAAACCUAGGAGACUAUGUCUUAAACUCUAAAAUAGAGGGACUGCCAAAUGAAAUGUUUGGUGUGACCGAGGUCCGGCUGCAUCCUAACUUCAGAUUCACCCCACAAGCGGACAGGUUCGACGUAGCAGUGUUAAUUCUGGACCACCCGAUUCACUAUAGGGCCAACAUGCGCCCUAUUUGUCUUCCUGACAAGGGCGAAGAUUUCCUUGGACAGAUGGCUUACGUCACUGGCUGGGGUGCACUGGAGCCAGGGUCGAAACUCCGUCCGAAAGUUUUGCAACAUGUGCCUGUUCCGGUUAUCAACAACCAAGUUUGCGAAAUGUGGCACAGUCUUCAGGGGAUCCAGAUCCGUAUCCACGAAGAGAUGAUGUGUGCUGGCUAUGAAUUCGGGGGCAUGGACGCUUGUCAGGGUGACUCAGGGGGUCCGCUAGUGGUGAACCAAUUUGGGGUCUGGUACCUUAUUGGAAUAGUGUCAGCUGGGUACUCCUGUGCCAAACAUUAUCAGCCUGGAAUAUACCAUCGAGUUAGUAGCUCAUCAGACUGGAUAUCUGCUAACCUUGUUUAA